AUGCCUUCCCCUCAAGAACCCCAGCAGCAAGCUCCCAUGGAGAUGACUCCCGUCGACGGCGUCGUUACGCAACAGCCCACCGCUGAGCCCCAACCCGAAUUCGGCAACAUGCGUGGUGGUGAAGAGGUAGGGCCGGCUGCGAAAUCUGCUGCGGUCUUUGCGCCUGUGACGAGGCCUGCUGCUAGACAGCAUAGCCACUCGAUUGCCGAUAUGCUCGCUACAGCACUCGCUUAA